UAAAAUUAUAGCGAUUAGACAGUAUUAUUGUACAUACACUCCACUCUCACACUCUCAGACUCACCCACAUACACUCACUCUCACACACAUACACUCACACUCACACACAAACUCACUCUCACACUCAGACUCACACACACAGACUCACUCUAACACUCAGACUCACACACACAGACUCACUCUAACACUCAGACUCACACAUACACUCGCUCUCACACUUUCAGACUCGCACACACUCGCGGCGUUGCUCCGUGUUCGGUGGGGGGGGGAUGUCACGAGUGGGCGUGUUUACCUUCCCCCCACCCUCCCCGAUAUCUUCAAACAAUCGCGGAGAUUCUUAUUCCCGUCGAAAAGCUACGAGGGAGGGGCCACGUGACCGUGACGAGGCGGCAAUGGCGGCGGGCAGCAGCAGCAGUGGAGACGUCGCGGCGUCGUCCUGGAGGCCGCCGCGCAGCUGCGAUGUGUACCGGGCCGAGCUGAGACUCUGCAGGAGCCUGAGCAACAGGUUCCACCACGUGUACACGUACGGGGAGAAGCCGGACUGCAGUCCCUGGGGACGAGACCUGGACCUGUGUCACGAGUGGGAGAGGACGGGCAACGAGCUGGCCAAGGAGGCGUUGCGGGCAAAUGAACGGAACCGCGUUGCCGAGCAGCACAAACACCCGCCUGUGUGGAAGCUGCGGAGCAGACCUCCCGAGGAUUGGCAUCUCCCGCUGGCCGAUGAGGCUGCCGGCAAGUAGACCAGCAGUGGCAGACCACGAUGCUGCAUGGCCGGGGUGUACGUGCCAAGGACUUGGGAGGUUGCGCGUCUCCACUGCUGGUCUCCCCGCUGCUGUGCAUUGUACGUCCCUGUACAUUGUAACAAAACUCCGGUUGUACAGCUGUGACAGUGGCACUUAAGUCUACAGAACAUGCACUUUCGGCAGUGUUUCCCGUGAUGGCUACCUCUCGCGCGUCAUCAAUGUUGCCGUCCGGUGUUGGGUGGUUGAAACGCCCGUUGUCCACUUUUCCAUUUUGGUGUCACCAAAUUUUCACAGUAAGGGAAAUCUAUUGCAGCAUUGCCCAGAGUCUGUCUGCCUAUGAACAUGCAAUCGCCUCCAUAAAAGUUUUAUACGGUGAAAUAUUCUACUGCCGGAUGGGUGGCCUGGAUCAACAGGGUGCUUACGUAGCUGAGGAGGAGGUCGAAGCCCCGUGUGUGGAUAACCGGCUGGGUACUCGUGCAUCUGUGUGAUUAGUCGGCUGAUUCAUUGGUCUGGUCGGCUGGUUCAUUGGUCUGGUCGGCUGUUGGAGUGAGUGGCUGGGUGACUUGGCUGAUUUAGUGAGUGGCUCGUCCCUCUUUUGAGAGGGUGCUUCUCCGCGUGGGUGUGCACGGGCACUGGCGAGUCCACGCUCUCCACGCUCGCGUGAUGGUUCACACUCUCCGCCGCCUGUUGAUGCUGUUGCGUCUUGAGCCGGGCCAGCUCCUCCUCCUAAACACAGCGGGGGCAGAGCGAGAACCACAUGGUGGCUAGAGGAGUGGCGUAGCUGUCGACCAUCGAGUGUGUGGACAAUGCAACUGCACAAAAGACCCACGGGGCGAAACAGCAGAGGCGCCGGGCUCGGAAGAAAUGGGGGUGAAAAUGGGCUGGGACACCACAUUUCGUUUCUUGUACCAGGACCCUUGCCAAUGACGCUACGCCAGUGCUGGCAUGACGCACACAAAUUGCGUCUGGGAGUUUGUCGGUAAAAUGUUUCGAAUGUGAGCUCAAUAAAUGAUCAAAACUGA